AUGUUGCGCAGUCAAAGUAUAUCCGAUAUCAACGAGAAAAAGACCUCAUCCACUUCGAAACUAUUCAGUGCUUUCAAAAGACUGAGUAAUAACGGAACUGGAUCCACUGACGUACAAGAAAAGAGGAAAUCACGUCCCUUGAGUACUAGUAUAUCUGCACUUAACUUGAAAAUAUCUUCACCUAUAAUGAAUCAACAAUCAGAUACCUCCGCCACCACAACUGCUACAACUAAAACUUUAUUGGAAUCGCCCGAUUGUGAUGAUAAAGAAAAUAUGUACCAGCGACAACAAACCCAUCAUCAAAACUCCAAGUUGAAGACUAGAUCGAGCACGCCUAAUUUGAACCGUCGUUCAUCUAUCAUUUUCUCGAAUUCGGAAUCUAAGGCAGCAGCGGCCACCAACUUGGCUGCAAUGGCAACUGCAAGAAUGCUUAGAACUAACAAUAGGUAUUCCUAUGUUGCUGGUAACAAUGUCCAAGUUCAUAAUAACAAAACCAUCACCAAUAAUCAUCAUGCAAAUGCAAAUGCGAAUGCGAAUGCGAAUGCGAAUGCGGCUACGACUGCGACUACGACUGCGUUUACAUCUACCCAUAUCAGCCCGGUAACGAUUUCAUCACAAUCAGACUCCAUUUUUGACCAAUCUUCAAUCAAUUGUGUUGAUGAUGAUGGCGGUAAUAGUGAAGAUGGUACAUCUUCAGACCUUUCAUCGAUUCACACAGCAGAAACAAGUAACGAACAUUCAAACUAUACAUACCACACCAAAAAUUCCAAAUUUACCACCAACAAUACCCAAACAAGGCACAAAUCAAAUUCAAUCAUGCCCGAAUCACCAUCCUCAUCCAUCAUAUCCACAUCAAUCCCUAAAAAAUUGCAUCGCACGACAAACUUGUACAAUUUGCACGAAUUCAUCAACAAGUUGAGCAUCGACUCUGCAUCAUUACCAAUUUCGCAAUCACAAUCACAAUCACAGUCGCAAAUGUGUCCAAUGAGUAAUCGACAAUCGAUUGAAUUUGAAAAUCAAGAAAUCAAACAAUUGAAUCAACAAUUGAACCAGGAGGCAAACUAUCAAUGUCAUGUGAAACUUGUGGAGAACAUCUUAUUCAUGACCACUACUGAAGUAUCCACCACCACCGUUGGCCUGGGAAUGUCUGGCGAUAAAAUUAAAUUAGGGUCCAGUGUUGACUUGGAUUGGAAUGAUGAUGAUUUUUUAAAUAUUUUACAAAAUGAAGAUUAUAACCACUUUGAUUCCUCUUGUUCAAUGGAGAGCUGUUUUGAAUCUGAUGGUGAUCAAUUAUACCUAAUGUAUUGA